AUGGCCGGCGGAGGGCGGAAGAAGACGGAACUGAAGCUGAUCGAGAGGAAAGAUUCGCGGCUUGUGUGCUUCAGCAAACGCCGCUCGGGUCUAUUCAAAAAGGCGAGAGAGCUUUCGAUCCUGAGCGGGGCUCAAAUCGGAGCGCUUGUCUUCUCCCCUGCCGGUAAGCCUUUCGUCUCGGACGCGGGAGAAGAAUGUUGGAGUACGGUGAGAAGAAGAUGUCAGGCUUCCAGCAGAUGGAUUGCUAGACGAGAGAGCAGGCGGUUAGAGAAUGAAUCAGGAGAGCUACAAUUACAGACAGACGAAGGCAACAAUAUUCUCCUAAAUGGAUUGCUUGUAUAUUCAGUUAGAGAGAAGAAUUUCUCCUCUUCUCGUUUUAGCUCUGUUUUGAAAAUGUAUUGUCCACCCUCAUUCUUAGUUUUCUUAGAAGAUGAUUUGGUAUAUGUUUGA